AUGGGUAUCUUGGGUAUGACAGCGAGCUACUUGCUUUUUUCUGUCCUUCACUUUGCCCAAUUUGUGCUUGCUGUUACCGUUUGUGGAUUAUACGGCGUUGAUCUUUCGCGCGCGCGUUCUCAGGGUAAAUACAUUGAUGGAAAAUGGGUCUACGCUGAAGUUGUGGGGGUUCUUGCCGCACUGACGGCUAUCCUCUAUUUUAUACCUUUUAUCCUACGAUUCGCUGCAGUUACGGUAUGGAACUCCAUCAUGUUUAUCUUGUGGAUAGCGCUCUUCGGUCUGUUUGGUGGCAUGUAUAUCCAUGAGGAUCCCGAAGGUAAUAGCGACAUCCAGAGAAUGAAGAACGCCGUGUGGGUUGACUUGGCAAACGCACUGCUUUGGCUUAUCGGAUUCGUUGCGAGUGCCACUUAUUGGUGGACUCACCGCGAGAGGCGAAGCCGCUUUACGGGCCGUGCUCAGCUGGGUCGGAAUGCAUCGGUUCGGUCUGCUGGUUGGACGGCAUAG